AUGGAAUCUUGGAGUUAUAUAUCUGAAGAAAAGGGUUAUGUUUCCAAUGAGAAUCAAGGUUCUGAAGAAAUGGGUUUUUGUGAAAUGUUAGGGAAACAAUUUUCAGAUGAUUUCAAUUUCAUUGGGAAUGUUUCAAGCAAUAAACUUGAUGCUAAAUUUGGUGACCCAAUUGGGUUUUCUAUGAAAGGGGAGACGAAUUCCAAGCUUUCAAACUCUGUGGUGGAAACUAAUGGUUGGGAUUCUCUUAUUGAUUUGAAGCUGGGGCAUUUUGGUGAUCAUGGUCAUGGAGCACCUAUUUCGUCUUCUUGUGAAUCAUCAACCCCUCCCAAGAGAGUUAGAAUGCUUUCACUGACUGCUUACUGUCAAGUUUAUGGCUGUAACAAGGAUCUUAGUUCUUGUAAAGAUUACCACAAAAGGCACAAAGUUUGUGAGAUUCACUCCAAGACUGCUGUAGUCAUAGUGAAUGGAAUUGAGCAGAGGUUUUGUCAACAAUGUAGCAGGUUUCAUAUGCUGUCUGAAUUUGAUGAUGGUAAGCGCAGUUGCCGUAAAAGACUUGCAGGCCAUAAUGAGCGUCGAAGGAAACCACAAGUAGGCGUUCACUCCGCCAAUUCCAGGAGAUUGUUUCAGCCAUGUGGUGAUAUAAGGUUCAAAGGAACCAAGCCUCCACAAGCAUCAUUUAUCUGUCCAGAAGUGUUCUCAAAUGGUUUCUCGAGACCGAUUAAAUCAGAACAUGAAACCGGUUUUAGACAUUUAUCUUCUGUGCCUGUUACGAAUGGACAUCAUCAACCAAGUUCUUCGUUUGCUUCGUACAACGGCAAACAAUUUCCCUUCCUUCAUGAAAAUGUUGCCACAUCUACUACAGGUAGCAGCGUGUUCGGUGAAAACAAUAACCAUUAUGCACAUGCGGUUGGCAACACCUCGUUAGGAAGGGAAGCUUUCAAUGCUUUUCAUGCUGCAUCAACAGUUCGAGGAUUAUCAGGAAUUUCAGACUCUUGUGCUCUCUCUCUUCUGUCAUCUCAAUCCAAGAACACUUCAAGCCAAUCCUCGGGAAUUCCGUUUGAUCACCCUUCGGUUAUUCCAAGAAGCCAUAGCCAUCUAUAUAGCAUAAGAUCACAAACGACAUCCUCAAGCCGAGUGUCAGAUGGAUUUUUAUCAGAAUUAAAUCCUGCAGAUGGAGGUCAUCUCAGUCCUUUAUUGAUACCAGACAAUAAUGAUAUUGUGAACUUUGAAAUGGCAGAUGGAAUCUUUCAAGAUUCAGAUUUUUUGAAUGCUAAAGACAGUCUUUCGUGUGAAGAUGAUGCAACCAUUGACUUACUACAACUGUCGUCGCAGCUUCAACGAGUCGAGCAUCAUAGACAAUCUUUGCAGGUGAAGAAUGAGAGUGAUUCUUCUUGCACUCUCCGGAUUACUUAA